GCAGUGGUAGUGUCCAUGUCAGUGUCAGUGCAAAGUCCAAGUGCCAUACUAAGUAGUGCUAGUGUCCAUGUGCAUGGAGGAAUGGGAAUGGGUGGGUCGCGAAGAAGCUUUGCUAUCCCGGCUCAAGUCCCCCACCAUAUCUUGCUUUUCCAUUCCGUCGGCAGCAUCUUGCAUCCUGCCAGCCGUGCGCCCCCAGUAUGUAACAAGUCCGAGUCACUGUGACGCCACUCUCCAUGCAUCCCCAGCCACUCGUUCUCCUGUCCAUCGGCUUACCAAUGGCUACGAGCUGCAAUCUACAGCACUGUCUGCACAACAGCGCGCUGCCAUCAACAUUUCACAUUCCCGCGCAAUUCUAUUCAUGACCCCCGCCAUCGGAACCUUGCUGUUGGUCGAGCUAGCCAUGGCACUCAAACGGUCCAUUGCUCCAUGUGGGACGCUUGUGCAGCUUCUUAGUUCGCACCAUGCGCUUGACCUUUGAGAAACCUGUCCACCGGCUGUUGGGGCCGUUGGAAUCCAGUUUCAUGCAAAAAGGGCUUCCGCUAGCUGCUCGACGGGUCUAUUGGCGCGCGCUCACACACCUGGCAACACAGCACGCCCAGGCGCUCGUCAUCCACUCAUGUCCACGUCCUGCGCCUUUCUCUUCACGCCGCUCUCGCCGCCCUCGACUUGCUUUUGAAACUUGGCCUGAACUGCCUCGAGCA